AUGAGUGACUCCAGUAGUGAUUCAGAGGCAUCAGCAACAGAGCAUACUGCACUCAUGGAUGGCCAUAUAGCAGAAGCUCGUCCCGAUAGAGAAAUAGCUGAAAGAAUAGCGAGAAAAAGGAAAACCAAAUCCGACCAAACCCAGCGUAAUUAUGGUAGUGUGGAGCAACGGGAGGGGGAUAGUUCAGGAGAAAACAGAGAUUCCCCGCCUAGUGUCAGCCAUCCAGCAGUGCAGGUGGAAUCACAGGUUGAGGAGCUUGAGCUCAAGUAUGGAGCUCGUCAUGUUAUCAAACUCUUUGUGCCGGUGACACUCUGUAUGCUUGUUGUUGUUGCUACAAUUUCCUCAAUCAACUUCUAUUCUGUCAAAGAUGUCUAUCUAGCAUAUACACCAUUCCAUGAAGAGAGUCCAUAUGCAGUAACAAAAGUAUGGAAUGCUCUUGCUAACUCUAUGAUCCUGCUCAGUGUGAUAGCUCUAAUGACUGUCCUGCUCAUUGUGUUGUAUAAGAAGAGAUGUUACAGGGUUAUUCAUGGCUGGCUCAUACUUUCAUCACUGAUGUUACUGUUCUUAUUCUCAUAUUUGUAUAUAGAGGAAGCGCUAAGAGCCUAUAAUAUACCUAUGGAUUACAUCACUCUAUUUUUUGUAAUGUGGAACUUUGGUGUAAUGGGAAUGAUAGUGAUUCACUGGAAGGGACCACUUAGACUUCAACAAGCAUACCUGAUCUUCAUAGCUGCAUUGAUGGCUCUAGUUUUCAUUAAAUAUCUUCCAGAGUGGACCACAUGGGCUGUUCUUGCUGUUAUUUCUAUCUGGGAUUUAGUAGCUGUAUUGACUCCAAAAGGACCCUUAAGAAUAUUAGUAGAAACUGCUCAAGAAAGAAAUGAGCCAAUCUUUCCAGCCCUCAUUUAUUCAUCGACGGUGAUGUACUGCAUGGCGACGCCCGGGGCGGCGACGGGCAGUGCUGGCGGCGCGGGCGGCGCGGGCGGCUCCGGCGCGGCCGCAGGUGAGCAGCGCCCGCGGGAGCUCCGCCCCCUCAACCCGCACGGAGGUCGUGCGGGCGGCUCGGAAGGCGACGGCGACGGUGAGGGCGGGUUCGAAGGCGAGUGGCGCGCGCGCGGCGGCGCGGCGCGGCGCCUGCGCGUGGACAGCACGGCGGCCGCGCACUACACCACGCGCCUCGACCCGCCGCGCCCGCACCCGCACCCGCCCCCGCCCGCGCUGCCCGACGCCGACGACGAGAAGGGUGUAAAACUUGGCUUGGGCGACUUCAUCUUCUACAGUGUACUAGUUGGCAAGGCUAGUUCAUAUGGAGACUGGAAUACAACACUUGCCUGUUUUGUGGCAAUACUUAUUGGGCUCUGCUUAACCCUACUGCUGUUAGCGAUAUUCAAGAAAGCUUUGCCUGCACUUCCCAUAUCAAUAACAUUUGGACUGAUUUUCUACUUCGCCACCCGGGGCGUCGUCAAGCCGUUUGCGGACGCUUUAGCCGCCGAGCAAGUCUUCAUUUAG